AUGUCUGCUCUUCAGUCAACGCCUUCCAAGCAGGCGACUGCUGCAAUUGACACUCUCAAGAUGACCGACUCACCUGCAAAGAAGCUCAAUCUCUCGUUGGCAGAAAAGGAAAAUGUCUACAGGCCCAUUGUCGGCAUACCAGAUUUUGAAGAGGACGCGUCGGACCACAAGCCAUCUACUGCGCCAACGAUCCGACCAGAGGAGGCACACGAGCCUCUACUACAGGAGAACCCUCAACGCUUUGUCUUGUUUCCCAUCAAGUACCAUGAUGUCUGGCAAAUGUACAAGAAGGCCGAAGCAUCCUUCUGGACCGCAGAGGAGAUCGAUCUCUCCAAGGACCUUCAUGACUGGAACAAGAGAUUGAAUGAUGACGAGCGCUUCUUCAUCUCCCACGUCCUUGCCUUUUUCGCCGCCUCCGAUGGCAUUGUCAACGAGAACUUGGUUGAGCGCUUCUCUGGCGAGGUGCAAAUACCGGAGGCGCGAUGCUUCUACGGUUUCCAGAUCAUGAUGGAGAACGUCCACUCGGAAACAUACUCGCUCCUCAUCGACACAUACAUCAGCGAGCCUAGGCAGCGCAAGUACCUGUUCAAUGCCAUUGACAACAUUCCCUGCAUUCGUAAGAAGGCCGACUGGGCCCUGCGCUGGAUCUCGGACAAGAACUCCACCUUUGCCAAUCGCCUGGUUGCCUUUGCUGCCGUGGAGGGCAUCUUCUUCAGUGGCUCCUUUGCUUCCAUCUUCUGGCUCAAGAAGCGUGGUCUGAUGCCUGGUCUCACCUUCUCCAACGAACUCAUCUCACGUGAUGAAGGCAUGCACACCGACUUUGCUUGCCUCCUCUUCUCACUCCUCAACACACGCCCCUCCAAGGAAUCCGUCCAAGCCAUCAUCACCGAGGCCGUCGAGAUCGAGAAGGAGUUUCUCUCCGAUGCGCUGCCUUGCGCACUCCUCGGUAUGAACGCUACUCUCAUGUGCCAGUACAUUGAGUUUGUCGCCGACCGCUUGCUCCUGUCGCUCGGCAACACCAAGUUCUACAACGCGACCAACCCCUUUGACUUCAUGGAGAACAUUUCGCUAGCCGGCAAGACCAACUUUUUUGAGAAGCGCGUCGGUGACUACCAGAAGGCAGGUGUCAUGGCGAGCACCAAGAAACACGAAGAGAAUGCUGAUGGUUCGCUUGUUGCGGCGCCCGUGCCCAUGGGUCAGAGUGGUGAUUUUUGCUUUGAAGAGGACUUUUAG